AUUCUAGAUAGUCAAUGUUGAUGAAGGCGACGAUUCCAACAUUUUGCAUCUUUGGAAUUUCAAUAUUGGACUAAAUAGCCCACAGUAAACCCAUUAGAAGCCCAAUAAUAACUCCGGCGUAUGUUAGCUUCUUUCAGCUCAUCAACAAUCUUCCUUCCUUCUUCUACUCUCUACUUUUUUUCCACACUUUCUGUUUCGAUUGUGACGAAAACGAUAACGAAGAUGGUGAGAUCAAGCUCUAUUAUAUUCGCGACGAUCCUCCUAUUCGCUUCCCUAGCUUUAAUCCAGGCAAAAGAAGAUCUGAAGGAAAUCACUCACAAGGUUUACUUCGAUGUAGAGAUUGAUGGGCAAGAAGCUGGUCGAGUUGUUAUAGGCCUAUUCGGCAAGACAGUUCCGAAAACUGCAGAAAACUUCAGAGCUCUGUGCACAGGGGAGAAAGGUGUUGGGAAGAGCGGGAAGCCUCUACACUACAAGGGAAGCAAAUUCCAUAGAAUCAUUCCCAACUUUAUGAUCCAAGGAGGUGACUUCACUCACGGAAACGGUAUGGGAGGAGAAUCAAUCUAUGGUCAGAAGUUUAAAGAUGAGAACUUCAAGCUGAAGCACACCGGACCAGGUUUUCUCUCGAUGGCAAACUCUGGAGAAGACACAAAUGGUUCGCAGUUUUUUAUCACGACCGUGACAACAAGUUGGUUAGAUGGAAGACAUGUUGUGUUUGGGAAAGUGGUGCAAGGCAUGGAUGUUGUCUACAAGGUUGAAGCUGAAGGAAAGCAAAGUGGAACUCCUAAGAGCAAAGUCGUUAUUGUAGACAGUGGAGAGCUUCCUCUCUAAAACCCUAUAAGCACUUCUUCCUCUUAUUCUUCAUGAAGAUAAUUAGUUUUUUUUUUUUUCAAAAGUUGUUCUUAUACUAUAAACAUGCCCCAAAUGCUAUCAAGGAACAGAAUGGCUUCAGUUUCAGAGCUUGUUUUUUUCCUCUGACCAAAAUAAUCAUUCUCUACAGAACCCAUGAUGAUCUUUCCAAGACUUAUAGACCACUAACAUUUGCAGAAUCAAUAAUCAGAAAUUAUGUAUGCUGAUUA